CGAACCUUCGUCGGGUGUGGAGUGCGUGUCGUUCGGUCUUGUGUCAGUGUUCAGAUUAUUCACAGAAAAUCAAGGCCUCGUAGCAUGUCUUGACGAGUAGGAGGGGCUCUUCAACGGGGUUUUCGGCAGACAAGGGUUCUCCAAAAUGGCGGGCGGUCAGCAGCUUCCCGAACAGUACACGGUACCGCCGCUCGCUCGGGUCUUCCACAGCCUGCCGCACCUCAACGUCUCUCUUCACUCGGUCAACAACACCUUCAAUCCACAUUCCGAAAUCUAUCUAGAGAGCCUCGGGAUACUUGGCAGUAUCCCCGCAGCCUGGUUAAUCCUGACGUUGCUGGUGUUGCUGGUAUACCUGGUAACGAGAUGCUGCGACCGGAAGCCGCGCCCCAGGAGGUCGAUAACCCUGCUGAAGUGUUCGCUGGCCAUCCUUGCGUUGCUCUGCAGCGGAGCGGUCGCCGUUGGCCUCUAUGGUAACGACGACGUCCACAACGGUCUGGUGCAAUUGGUGGCCGCGGCGAAGAACGUCGAUGGCAUUCUGAUGGGUGUACGGAAUCAGACCGACACCAUAGAGGCGACGUUGAAGAAAAAGAUCCAGCCGGAGCUGAUCGCCCUGGGGGACGAAUUCGACGAUCCAGCGGGCAACAUGACCAUGCUCAGCCUGCUGCUGCUCGCGCUCAGUAACAUGAAGCUGAACACAAGCGUCGCACUGAACCAGAGCUUCGAGAUACGAAAACCGCUGAGCGGGAUCAGCCUGGCGGGGGCGAUCGGUAUGGGGGAGAAGAUCGAACAGUUUAGGUGGCCCAUCACCAUGACUGUUCUCAGCGCACUUCUUGUUCUCUGCGUGGUGCUGGUAGUCGGUGUCGCCAGACAUUCCAGAUGCAUUCUCAUAACGUUCUCCGUGUUCGGUUUGUUCGCGGUGAUAGUGUCGUGGCUGAUGGCCUCGCUGUACCUGGCGACAUCAGUGGCCUUAGGUGAUCUCUGUGUGUCGCCGGACGGUUACCUAACCAGAGCAGUACCCUCGACGCUGGCCUCCGAGGUGCUCUCCUACUACACACACUGCGAGAACACGCGCAGCAAUCCCUUCACACAGCGACUGCGGGACGCUCAGCGCACGGUCGGCGACAUGCGGCAGAACCUGAACACAAUAACAAGGUUGGCGUUGGAGCUGUUCGAGGACCAAAAGCUGCAGCCGAAGCUGAGCAGCCUCUCGACCCACGUGAACACCGUCGACAGACUGAUAUCGGGCCUGACCACGUUGCUCGACUGCAAACCCCUCCACAAGCAAUACGUUCACGCCGCCAAGAGUUUAUGCCAUUUGGGGCUGUAUGGGUUGACCUUCAUGCUGCUGGCGAGUCUAGCCGCCGGCCUCUUCUUCACCGUGUUAGUCUGGGUGGACUCUCACACCUGGAUCUAUAUACGGAAACGAAGAGAUUACCACCAAGUGGACGAGCAGGACCCGUAUCUACCGCCGUCGGCAGCCUCGCAGGCGAUAGCAGCGCGGACCCUUCGAGGCCAAGGGUCGUACCCGCCUACAGCCCCUUCUCUUUAUCCGAAUGCUCAUGGCACUCAAAAUACCAUUAAGCAGCCUCUCUUGCUAACGCCGCCCCCGCCGUCCUACGCUACUGCGACUGCUCGAGCACGUCAGCUGCACGAGAGCAUGUUAAAAGGUGGGGGUGUUAACGGGAGUGGAGGAGCCGGGGAUCACAAAUCGUCUCAGCAUAAUCAGCAAUCGACAGGUGGACGAGUUGAGCACCGUUCUGGACUCGGAGAUCAACCUGGCCAGUACGCGACUCUGAGCAAACAGUGCAAGACGUUAGAAUCCAGUGAUUUUUACUGAGGGCACGCCCCCGCAGGGCCCGGUAGUGAACCACCUUGGACACCGAGCGUGGCGUCUUUCACCGGUACCCUGUCUCACAAUUCGCACGGACCUGCGCAUCUGGCCACAUUCCAAGAUUCUCGGAAGACGCAGACGCUAGAUCCGAAGAAUCUAGCGAAUCUGAAGAGAGGCCCGACACCGGCUUGGAAUCAGAAUCGUCCGCUGCCGCCUAAUCCAAGCAGCCAGCCGACAUGGGAAUUCGAGUCACGUUCCCAGACCAAUAUGAAUCAAUUCAGGUCGCUGGUACGCAAUAAAGCGCCGAACAUACGCAUUCAGGAUCAAAUGCAAGACCAGGUGCGAACAUUGGACAGAAAUUUCACGAGGAAUCAGUUCAAUGGCGCCGCUCAAGGCAACGCUGUGCCGAAUAUGUACGGAACGUACAAUCGGGCGCAGUCCAGGCAGGAUAAUAAGGCGACGGUGGCUACGUUGAGCCAAGUACAAGGUAGCGAUCCUAACCUGUACGCUGUCACGGAACUGUAAUCGCGAUAUCGAACCGUGUAAACUGCCAUGUUAUAAUUGGGGUCCAGAAAAAUUUCUGUUUCUAGCCCUUAGCGAUCGUACGAUUGACAUUAAC